AAGCGACCCCGUUCGUCCUUAAGGAUCCCACAGCCCUAGAGAGAGAGGCAGACACACGCUGGGAGCGCCUCACCUGGCCUCGGGGUGGGACUGUGCAACGAGGGUGACCAGGCAGCAAAUGCGAAAAGUUGGGCCGGGGGUGGGGGGUAAUAGGAGCCUAGAGAAGAAAAAGACCCAAAAGUGGGGACUGUCCCUAUAAAAUCGGGACAUCUGGUCACCCUGUGGUUCACACACCAGGCCAGGGAAGCCAAUGAGAACACUGAGCCCAGCUGACACUGCAGGGGAACCCAGGAGGCCCUGUGACUAGACUUUGGCCAGGUCAGUGGUGCUAAUGACCCUGACUUUGUCAUGGGUACUGCAGGCCCUGUAAUGCCCGACAGGAAAAGGCUCUCAGGCUUUAUGCUGCCUCCAGCAGCAGCACCCCGACUCAGUCCUGACAUAGCAAAAAGAACUACCUCUAUUUGAGCCACGCACACUUUCUGUUCGACUCCCAUCCACAGCUUGACCCAAUAGAGCCUUAUUUAGCUGGGCAACGCGAAGAGAACCAUAGUACAACCUGCUAUAGCUGCAGAUAUGCUACAGCCAAUAUAGCAUAAUCAGCGCUACUUCUAAGCCCUGGUCUACACUACGAGUUUAGGUCGGAUUUAGCAGCGUUAGAUUGAUUUAGCCCUGCACCCGUUCAAAAUUCGAAGCCAUUUUUUCUGACUUUAAGAGCUCUUAAAACCGGUUUCUGUACUCCUCCCCGACGAGUGGAUUAGCGCUGAAAUCGACCUUGCUGGGUCCAAUUUGGGGUAGUGCGGACGCAUUUUGACGGUACUGGCCUCCGGGAGCUAUCCCAGAGUGCUCCAUUGUGACCGCUCUGGACAGCACUCUCAAUUCAGAUACACUGGCCAGGUAGACAGGAAAAGCCCUGCGAACUUUUGAAUUUCAUUUCCUGUUUGGCCAGCGUGGCGAGCUGAUCAGCACAGGUGACCAUGCAGAGCUCUUCAGCAGAGGUGACCAUGCAGUCCCACAAUCGCAAAAGAGCUCCAGCAUGGACCGAAUAGGAGGUACUGGAUCUGAUUGCUGUGUGGGGAGAAGAGACGAAAUGCCAAAAUAUUUGAAAAAAUUUCCAAGGGCAUGAAGGACAGAGGCUAUAACAGGGACCCGCAGCAGUGCCGCGUGAAACUUAAGGAGCUCAGGCAAGCCUACCAAAGAAUCAGAGAGUCAAACGGCUGCUCCGGGUCAGAGCCCCAGACAUGCCACUUCUAUGAUGAGCUGCAUGCCAUUCUAGGGGGUGCCCCUAUAACUACCCCAGCCCUGUGCAUGGACUCCGUCAAUGGACUCUCACGCAACAGGGAUGCAGAUAUUGGGGACGAGGAAGAUGAGGAGGAGGUUGAAGCACAGCAAGCAAGUGGAGAAACCCUUUUCCCUGACAGCGAGGAACUGUUUUUCAACCUGGAUCUAGUACCCUCCCAACCCACUGAAGGUGGGCUCCCGGACCUAGAAGGUGGAGAAGGGACCUCUGCUGCAAAUGUUUCAUUGCUCCACGUAUCAUCUCCGUCCCAGAGGCUAUCAAAGAUUAGAAGCCGAAAAAACCACACUUGCAAUGAAAUGUUCUCUGAGCUCAUGCAGGCCUGUACGGGGAGACUUUGGCAAACCAGUAAAGUGCCUGAAACCACUUAUUGCUUAUUGCUAAAAGCAGCCAAGUCAGCAGACUGUAAAUUAGCCAAGUCAGCAGGCUUAGCUUAACCAAGACAGGAGGGGAGGGGGGUUUUUGGGUGCCACAGAAAGGGCAGCUUGACCCCGCAUCCUUCCUGAUAGGAAUUGUGUUGAAGUUGCUGAUACGUGCAUCUUAGAAGAGCAGGAUGUGCCCCAGAAAUGUCUAUUGGGGCCUCAAGGUUGCAAACUCUGGAAAAACCCACACCUGGUUAAUCGAUAAUCAGAAGGAGCCUCUUGCUUGCCCAUUGGAACUGCUUGCUUAACAAGUUUUCUUUAAGGGACAUGUCAUUCUGUUACUAAUGUAUAAAUAAGGGGGAAAAGUUUGAGGUAGUGGGACUCUUCAGGAUUGGACCCUCUCUCUGGAUGCACCUUGUGUUUCCCACUGGCAGAUGGGUUGCCGCUGUGCCACUCGAGAGCCACACUCAGCUUUGAGUGGCAGCAGCUCUGGGAUAGAGAGACAGGCAUGCUGACAAAUUUUGAAGCCCUAACUUUCAUCUACCUGUUUGCAACCUGGGAUGCGGUCCCUGGACUACGCUUUAACAGGCUGCUGAUUGGAACGUCCAGAGUGGCUGGCACAAUGCAGGAAUACGGAUGUUCUUGUCAACUGCUGGAAAUGGCCCACCUUGAUUAUCACUACAAAAGGUCGCCGCCCGCCGCUCUCCUGCUGCGUGGCAAGCUGCAGGUGACCAUGCAGAGCUCAUCAGCAGAGGUGACCAUGAUGGAGUCCCAGAAUCGCAAAAGAGCUCCAGCAUGGACCGAACGGGAGGUACGGGAUCUGAUCGCUGUUUGGGGAGAGGAAUCCGUGCUAUCAGAACUCCGUUCCAGUUUUCGAAAUGCCAAAACCUUUGUCAAAAUCUCCCAGGGCAUGAAGGACAGAGGCCAUAACAGGGACCCAAAGCAGUGCCGCGUGAAACUGAAGGAGCUGAGGCAAGCCUACCAGAAAACCAGAGAGGCGAACGGCUGCUCCGGGUCAGAGCCCCAAACAUGCCACUUCUAUGAUGAGCUGCAUGCCAUUUUAGGGGGUUCAGCCACCACUACCCCAGCCGUGUUGUUUGACUCCUUCAAUGGAGAUGGAGGCAGUAGGGAAGCAGGUUUUGGGGACAAAGAAGAUGAUGAUGAGGAGGAGGUUGUAGAUAGCUCACAACAAGCAAGUGGAGAAACCGGUUUUCCUGACAGCCAGGAACUGUUUCUCACCCUGGACCUGGAGCCAGUACCCCCCGAACCCACCCAAGUCUGCCUCCUGGACCCAGCAGGCGGAGAAGGGACCUCUGCUGCAUGUGUUUCAAUGAUCACAGGAUCUUCUCCUUCCCAGAGGCUAGUGAAGAUUAGAAAGAAAAAAAAACCUACUUGUGAUGAAAUGUUCUCUGAGCUCAUGCUGUCCUCCCACACUGACAGAGCACAGACGAAUGCGUGGAGGCAAAUAAUGUCAGAGUGCAGGAAAGCACAAAAUGACCGGGACGAGAGGUGGUGGGCUGAAGAGAGUAAGUGGCGGGCUGAAGAGAGUAAGUGGCGGGCUGAAGACAGGGCUGAAGCUCAAAUGUGGCGGCAGCGUGAUGAGAGGAGGCAGGAUUCAAUGCUGAGGCUGCUGCAGGACCAAACCAGUAUGCUCCAGUGUAUGGUUGAGCUGCAGCAAAGGCAUCUGGAGCACAGACUGCCACAACAGCCCCUCUGUAACCAACCGCCCUCCUCCCCAAGUUCCAUAGCCUCCACACCCAGACGCCCAAGAAUGCGGUGGGGGGGCCUCCGGCCAACCAGCCACUCCACCACAGAGGAUUGCCCAAAAAAAAGAAGGCUGUCAUUCAAUAAAUUUUAAAGUUGUAAACUUUUAAAGUGCUGUGCUUAAAGUGCUGUGUGGCAUUUUCCUUCCCUCCUCCACCACCCCUCCUGGGCUACCUUGGUAGUCAUCCCCCUAUUUGUGUGAUGAAUGAAUAAAGAAUGCAUGAAUGUGAAGCAACAAUGACUUUAUUGCCUCUGCAAGCGGUGAUUGAAGAGAGGAGGGUCGGGUGGUUAGCUUACAGGGAAGUAGAGUGAACCAAGGGGCGGGGGGUUUCAUCAAGGAGAAACAAACAGAACUUUCACACCGUAGCCUGGCCAGUCAUGAAACUGGUUUUCAAAGCUUCUCUGAUGCGUACCGCGCCCUCCUGUGCUCUUCUAACCGCCCUGGUGUCUGGCUGCGCGUAACCAGCAGCCAGGCGAUUUGCCUCAACCUCCCACCCCGCCAUAAACGUCUCCCCCUUACUCUCACAGAUAUUGUGGAGCACACAGCAAGCAGUAAUAACAGUGGGAAUAUUGGUUUCGCUGAGGUCUAAGCGAGUCAGUAAACUGCGCCAGCGCGCCUUUAAAUGUCCAAAUGCACAUUCUACCACCAUUCUGCACUUGCUCAGUCUGUAGUUGAACAGCUCCUGACUACUGUCCAGGCUGCCUGUGUACGGCUUCAUGAGCCAUGGCAUUAAGGGGUAGGCUGGGUCCCCAAGGAUACAUAUAGGCAUUUCAACAUCC